AUGAAGAUGAAGCUGAGCGCUGAUGUGAGGAUGAACGCACUUCUCUUCGUAUGCGGCUGCCUUUGCCUCACUUUCACAGGAGCCUCAGAAACAGAGCGAAGGCUCCAUCAGAAGAUAUUUCAGAACUACAACAUGAAAGUGAGACCAGCUCGUUACUGGGAGGAGAAGGUGAUGGUUCGGGUGGGGAUGACCCUCUCCCAGCUUGUCAGCUUGAAUGAGAAGAACGGCGAGAUGACAACCAACGUGUUCAUGAAUCUGGCGUGGACAGACUACAGGUUGUCAUGGAACCCGAAAGAAUAUGACGACAUUGAUGUUUUGAGAAUUCCUCCCAACAAGGUGUGGCGUCCCGACAUCUACCUCAUAAACAAUAAUGAUGGUCAGUUCGACGUGGCUCUCUAUGUCAACGUCUUGGUUUACAGUGAUGGGACGGUCAACUGGCUCCCACCAGCCAUCUACCGCAGCUCCUGCUCUAUAGAGGUGGCGUACUUUCCAUUUGACUGGCAAAACUGCAGCAUGGUUUUCCGCUCGUACACCUAUGACGCCUCUGAGGUCGACCUGCAGUACUAUCUGGACGAUGACGGCAAAGAGAUCCAGGAGAUUGUUAUAGAUGAGAACGCUUUCACUGAGAACGGCGAAUGGGCCAUCUGCCACAAACCAUCAAGGAAGAACAUCAAGGAGGACCUGUAUGAGGACAUCACCUUCUAUCUCAUCAUAGAGAGGAAGCCUCUUUUCUACAUUAUCAACAUCAUCAUGCCCUGCAUCCUCACCAGUGUGUUGGCUAUAUUUGUCUUCUACCUGCCUCCCGGAGCAGGAGAGAAGAUGACUCUCUCCAUUUCUGUCCUCAUCGCUCUGACUGUGUUCAUGCUGCUGCUGGCUGACAGGGUCCCUGAGACUUCCCUCGGCAUCCCAAUUAUUGUCAACUAUGUCAUGUUCACCAUGAUCCUGGUCACGUUCUCUGUCAUCCUGAGUGUGGUCGUCCUCAACCUUCACCACCGGACGCCCAGCACGCACAUCAUGCCAAACUGGGUUCGAAAGGUGUUCAUUCACUUCCUUCCCAAAUACAUCGGCAUGACGAGGCCGAACCCAGAGGAGCCCAUGUUGACGGAGGACUCCGGUGAGGACACGCCCAUCCGAAGCUACAAUGGACGGCAGCCUGGAGGAGAAUACUUCUUUCGCAAGAUCAACCCUGAUCUUGUCAUACCAUGGAGAGACAGUGUUCAGAUUCAGAUCAGGCGACUUACUAGGCCAGUUUUGUUUUUGAUGCUUGUCAGCUUAGACACAAUACAGUUAUUUAUAGGUGAUGCAAUUUGGAAUCAUUCAA